ACAACAGUAUAACGAGCUCCGACGGUAUGCACAAGAAACCGUGGAGAUUUCUCCGUUCAGUAGACAACGAACCCUGGCUGCAUGUCGUCGUCGUUUGCAGAUCGCUCUCGUCGCGCUACGCGUAACUAAGCCCGUCGUGUGCCACCAUUUGGGCCUCGCAACACCCACCCCGGUUUGCCUCGUGCGUCUUGCCAACAAUCGCCAGGUUGUGCUGUGCUGAUGUGACAAUUUGAAAGUGGAUUACGUCGCCAGUGUUUCGUGUUUGCGACCGAGAAAAAAAAUAGUGAAUCUGGAAUUACUUUUCUGUUAGUUUUAGUGUUUAACCUUAUCGUCUGUUUAUCAUCUUUCCUACUGGUUUCCACGCAAAGUGAGCUAAAAAUAGUGAAAGGAAAAUCGCACACCACUCCAUGCGCCGGGAGAAGAUCGCAUUCAAACUUGGUGCAAUUGUGUUCGGUUUUGGGUUGCGGAGUGUGGAAAUAGUUCAUUGUUAACCGAGAGCCGUGCGGAACAGCCUAAUCCGAAAGCUGCAUGAAGGAUCGAUCCGAGCUUUUCGUAGUGUUAGUUACGAGGCGAAAAGAGCGAUCGACGGAUACGAUAGCACUUCCUAAUUGGCAGCGGACGAGCAGAUUUUUAGAUUUCGAGAAACUGCUAAAGAGGCGUUUGCCAAGAGGAUGUCUGCUAUCAGACAUCGACCUCUGGCAACACAGAACGAGAGUGAUGAUAACUUUUCGGAUGAUGAAAGCACCCCACUGACCCAGGACAUCUAUGGAGGAAGCCAACGCACGGUACAGGAAACCAAAGGAUGGGACGUCUUCCGGGAUCCUCCGAUCAAGGAGGACACCGGAUCCAUGGCCGACCAGGCCUGUCUGGAGCUGACAAUCAAAAUCCUGAAAAUAUUUGCCUACCUGUUCACCUUCGUAAUCGUCCUGGCCGGUGGGGUGAUUGCAAAGGGAUGUGUUCUAUUCAUGUCCUCGCAGCUCCGGAGGGAUCGCAAAAUUACCUACUGCAACCGAGACAUAGCACGAGAUAAGCAGUUCGUGGUAGCACUGCCCGAGGAAGAACGAAUCGCGUGGAUGUGGGCGCUGAUGAUCGCUUUCGCCGUGCCCGAGAUAGGUACCUUUAUCCGAUCAACGAGAAUAUGUUUCUUCAAAUCGAUGAAGAUGCCACAAAAGUCGCACUUUUUGAUGGUGUUUCUAAUGGAAUCUUUUCACACGAUUGGAUUGGUUUUGCUGUUUUUCGUAGUUCUACCGGAAGUCGAUUCGGUGAAAGGAGCCAUGCUGACCAAUUGCCUUUGUGUUAUUCCAGGUAUGCUAGGACUUUUUUCGCGGACUAACAAGGAAGGAAAACGAGCGGUCAAAACAAUUGUGGAUCUAGCAGCAAUCGCCGCGCAAAUCACUGGCUUUGUGGUGUGGCCACUACUGGAAAACCGACCGGUACUGUGGUUGAUUCCCAUCUCGGCACUGCUUACGUCCUGUGGUUGGUGGGAAAAUUACGUCUCUCCUCAGAGUCCUUUUGGAUUCGUUCGGUCUAUGGGUCGCGUAAAGGAAGACCUCAAACAAACGCGUUACUUUACGUAUAUGUUCCUAUCGUUGUGGAAAAUCAUACUGCUCUUCUGUUUCGUUCUAUUUGUCAAUCUAAUACGAGGUGAUGAAGUGUCCAACUUUUUCUCUCUAUUCGGGGUUGGUUUCGGUCCACAUAAAAUCGUAGUUGAAGAGGUCACCGUAGCAUUCAGCUCGGCUCUACCGGAUCUCGUGGAAGCUUCGCAGGCAGGCGAUACCGUUGAUAUCGACGCCGCUUACAACACGGUAACCUAUGUGCUGAUCAUUCAGAUUUUAGGUGCCUACUUCUGCUACAUUUUUGGCAAAUUUGCGUGUAAAAUUCUGAUACAAGGCUUCAGUUACGCAUUUCCGGUGAAUCUAACAAUUCCGGUGGCGAUUUCCUUACUGAUCGCCGCUUGCGGAAUACGAAAUGACGAUCCUUGCUUCUUCCAUGGCUCCAUUCCGGAUUAUUUGUUUUUCGAAAGUCCCCCGGUGUUCCGGUUGAGUGACUUUGCCAAUCGCCAGAUGGCAUGGGCUUGGCUGCUAUGGUUACUGUCGCAGACCUGGAUCACUUUGCAUAUCUGGACGCCAAAGUGCGAGCGUUUGGCCAACACCGAAAAACUAUUUGUCAUUCCGAUGUACAAUGCCUUGCUGAUAGACCAAUCGAUGGCCAUGAACCGGCGGCGAGAUGAUCAGGCGGAUGUCAAAACCGAGGACUUGGCAGAAAUCGAGAAAGAGAAAGGAGACGAAUAUUACGAGACUAUUUCGGUACAUACGGAUGGUUCGGCAUUGCCACGGCCCAGUGUUAAAUCUUCGGAUCAUAUCACAAGGAUCUACGCAUGCGCUACCUUGUGGCACGAAACGAAGGAAGAGAUGAUGGUGUUUUUGAAAUCGAUCAUGCGAAUGGACGAAGACCAGUGCGCUAGACGUGUGGCACAGAAAUAUCUGCGAAUAGUUGAUCCCGAUUACUACGAAUUCGAGACUCACAUUUUCUUUGAUGAUGCCUUUGAAAUUUCCGAUCACAGCGAUGAUGAUAUACAGUGUAAUCGAUUCGUCAAGAUUCUGGUGGACACUAUCGACGAGGCAGCUUCGGAGGUUCAUCAGACUAACAUUCGCUUGCGACCACCGAAAAAAUAUCCGACACCCUACGGGGGUCGCCUGGUUUGGACCCUACCUGGUAAGACUAAGUUGAUUGCUCACUUGAAGGACAAAGAUCGUAUCCGACAUCGUAAGCGCUGGUCGCAGGUGAUGUACAUGUACUACCUUCUUGGUCAUCGUCUAAUGGAGUUGCCAAUAUCGGUUGAUCGCAAGGACGUUAUGGCGGAAAAUACCUAUCUGCUGACACUGGACGGAGACAUCGAUUUCAACCCAAGCGCUGUCACUCUGCUCGUCGAUUUGAUGAAGAAGAACAAGAACCUGGGGGCGGCUUGUGGACGUAUUCAUCCGGUCGGAUCCGGUCCCAUGGUGUGGUAUCAGAAGUUCGAGUACGCCAUAGGUCAUUGGCUGCAGAAGGCUACGGAACAUAUGAUCGGCUGUGUACUUUGUAGUCCGGGUUGUUUCUCGUUGUUCAGAGGUAAAGGUCUCAUGGACGAUAAUGUAAUGCGCAAGUACACAACACGGUCCGACGAAGCUAGACAUUACGUCCAGUACGAUCAGGGAGAGGAUCGAUGGUUGUGCACUCUGUUGCUGCAACGAGGCUAUCGUGUUGAGUAUUCAGCUGCCUCCGAUGCAUACACUCACUGUCCGGAAGGUUUCAACGAGUUCUAUAAUCAACGUCGUCGAUGGGUUCCGUCCACCAUCGCCAACAUCAUGGAUCUGCUGAUGGACUAUAAGCGUACGAUCAAAAUCAACGACAACAUUUCGCUACUGUACAUUUUCUACCAGAUGAUGUUGAUGGGUGGUACGAUUCUUGGCCCCGGUACGAUUUUCCUUAUGUUGGUGGGAGCUUUUGUCGCCGCGUUCAAAAUUGAUAACUGGACCUCGUUCUACUACAAUAUUAUACCCAUACUGCUGUUCAUGUUGGUCUGCUUUACAUGCAAAUCUAACAUACAACUAUUACUGGCACAGAUCCUAUCGACGAUGUACGCACUGAUUAUGAUGGCCGUGAUAGUUGGUACAGCGUUACAGCUGGGAGAGGACGGCAUCGGAAGUCCUUCGGCUAUUUUCCUCAUAGCAAUGACGGGGUCAUUUUUCAUAGCAGCUUGUCUCCAUCCGCAGGAGUUCUGGUGUAUCGCCUCUGGUUUGAUUUAUUUGUUGUCUAUACCGUCCAUGUACUUGCUUUUGAUCCUGUACUCGAUCAUUAACCUCAAUGUCGUCUCCUGGGGUACCCGGGAAGUGGUGGCGAAAAAGACCAAAAAAGAACUCGAACAGGAGAAAAAAGAAGCAGAAGAGGCUUCCAAACGAGUCAAGCAAAAAUCACUGCUUGGGUUCCUUCAGGGCGGGGCUGAUUCAAACUCGGAUGAAGAAGGAUCUAUUGAAAUAUCAAUCGCUGGACUGUUCCGUUGUUUACUUUGCACGCACGGUAAAACUACUGAUGAAAAGGCUCAACUGAUUCACAUAGCGGACGCUCUGGAUUCGAUCACCAAGAAAAUCGAGGUACUGGAGAAACACAUCGAUCCGCAUGCCCACCACACCCGUAAGCGAACUGCAUCGGCUGGAUCGAAGGAUCAUCAUCUGGGAUCGGUGGCAGAGGAUACCGAGGACGAGGAUGAUCGUUCGGAUUCGGAAACAUCUACGUUGCAAAGGAACGAAAGAGAUUUCCUCACCAACCCGUACUGGAUUGAGGAUCCGGAUCUGAAGAAGGGUGAAGUGGAUUUCAUUUCCAGCACCGAGAUUCAAUUUUGGAAGGAUUUGAUCGACCAGUAUCUAUAUCCGAUUGAUCAGAACAAGGAAGAACAGGCACGUAUCGCACACGAUCUGAAGGAGCUGCGUGAUUCAUCCGUUUUCGGAUUCAUCAUGAUCAAUGCUCUCUUCGUACUGAUCGUUUUCUUGCUUCAGUUGAACAAGGAUAACAUCCACGUCAAAUGGCCACUGGGUGUCAAAACAAAUAUUACUUAUGACGAAGCAACGCAAGAGGUUCACAUAUCGAAAGAGUAUCUACAGCUCGAACCUAUCGGCUUGGUGUUUGUGUUCUUCUUUGCGUUGAUUCUCGUCAUCCAGUUCACCGCCAUGUUGUUCCAUCGAUUCGGAACUCUGUCGCAUAUCUUAGCCUCGACCGAACUUAACUGGGGCUGCAACAAAAAGCCAGAGGAGCUUUCGCAAGAUGCUCUUAUAGACAAGCACGCUGUCGAGAUUGUGAAAAAUCUGCAGAGGCUCCAGGGCAUAGAUGGCGACUAUGACAACGAUUCCGGUAGCGGUCCUGAUAGGAUAGCACGACGGCGAACAAUUCAGAACCUAGAGAAGGCACGCCAACCGCGACGACAGAUCGGCACACUGGAUGUGGCGUUCAAGAAGCGUUUCCUGAAGCUAACCGCAGAUGAAAACAAUAGCGGUACUCCAAUUCUAACCCGCAGAAUGACGAUGCGCCGUGAGACGAUUCGAGCACUAGAGGUGCGCAAAAACUCUGUGAUGGCCGAAAGACGUAAAUCCCAGAUGCAAACGCUGGGCGCCAAUAAUGAGUAUGGCAUCACUGGGGUCAACACUUCCAGUAAUGCUCCGACACGACCCACGAGGACCUCGAAUGCAGGGGUCAGUGUGAAGGACAUAUUCAACGUCAAUGGAGGCCCGGGAGGAGACAUCUACGGUGUUACGGGACAGGUCAACCAAGCAUACGAACCUGUGAUCGAAGAUGACGAUCGUAACUCGCUUAGACUGCAACCCCGCAAUCAGGUUACGUGGAGCAACAACAAUGGACGGCUGUGACAGAACCGAAACUCUUUCCUAAGCUUGUUGGCCUCCGUAGACAUGGAAGAAUAGGGACGUCUCCAUAACAAGCGAAACGCAUGUUUCACAAUAUGAAACAACCAAAAGUGAUGUAACAUCGAUUUGCCCGGUGUAACAAAACCUUUUAUUUAUAGUGAAAUUUGUACACAAAAACUCAAACUGACUCAACUGCCGAUUUAUUUUUGUUUUGGAAAAAAAACAUCACAACGAUUUACCUACUGUCAAAUGAUAACUGCCAACUGAUAUACUCACGACGGUGAACACUUGAGCGAAAAAUACUCAAUAGAAUAUGUCUACACUAACAUAGCCUUAAACGACGAACGGCUGCAUAAGCAACGAAAUUUUUUUUUAAUCGAAAGAACAAGCUCAAAAUAUGAUAAUACUUCGAUACCAAACAUUGCGAAAUUGAUUUCUGAAAGCUUAUUGCAUAUUUAUUUAUGAAACCAAUUUAGGGCCAACUGCAACUGCCGCAAAAUUCAUGCACAAACAAAAAACGAAAUACCGCAAAUAACCAAAUGAUUGUAAAUAUGCUUCACCCUAUCGUUUCUUGUGACUUUUUUUAUGCGUAUUCUGUAGUUCCCUUCUUCCUAGAUCAAUUAUGCUUUGAUGAAUUACGGUGUUCAGCUCUUGCACCUCGAUGUAAAUCAUAAAUUGAACAAACUGGAAUAAACUUGAUAGACUUAUUAUAUAUAUUUUACAAACAUAA